AGCCUGUACCAGUAGCGUAUAAAAGCUGUAGGUAAAGUCGAUACCAGGUAUCAGUUCUCAAAAUGAAACUCCUAGUUGCCUUGGCUAUUUUGAUGGUUGUUGGUCCGCUGAAAGCUCUUGACCAUCCCAUAUUCGAUCACCUAUCAAAUGAGUGCGCUAAGAAAGGUGGGAUUACUCCUUACCUGAUUGAAAAUCAUCCCGCCAACAUUCGAGUCAAGUGCUAUUACGCCUGUCAAUUGGAAAAACUUGAAAUUAUUGCCAAUGGAGUGGUCAAUCCCUUUGAUUUGUCUGUACUUAACGUAACACAGGAAAACUAUGACAAAUUUGGAAUUUUGAUUAAGCCGUGCCUGACCAUAACUAAUCCCAACCGGUGCGAACUCGGAUAUUUGGUAUUCGAUUGCCUAAAAGUGCACUUCAAGAAUGUAGAAGUUUCAAAAUAAUAUGUAUUCCAAACUGAUUAAAAUGUUCUGACUAUUAACUAAA